AUUAGAAAUAUUAAUAGCAAAUGUUUGAGCUGUCCUUCUUAUGCUCGUUUGAGGAAACUCCGAAUCUGUGGAUAUCAAACUGUACCAAGGCUGUACGUAAUCUCUAAUAAUGUAGCCUAAAAUCUCUUGCAAGGAACUAUCGAUUAACUCACUCCCUGUUACCCUAUUAUCGGAUUUUUGUACUUUCUUUGGGCUUAUUAGUAGUUUUUUAAUAGACCUUAAUCCGCCCUCGUUUUGUGGGUUAGCUGUUAGUGGGUUACCGCCACAUUUGGUGUAGAAUUUUUCUAUGUCGCCUAGUUUUAGGUAGAGAAGAGAAAAGGCACUAAAAUAGAUAAUUAUUUAUGUUUUAUCGAGUAUAAAAUGUAGAUUUAAAGUUAACUUACCCACAAAAGAAGAUGACUAAACUAGUAAAACAGGUUAACAGCCAAAAAACACCAAAAGUACUUAUAAAAAGUAUCACAAUUAAACCUAUCCAGCCAGCAGUGUGAGUUUCCAUGAUUUAUAUCACAUAUUAUAACUUUUUUUUUUGAAAAAAACAAGUAGGUAAUCCCAGGCAAAAUUUCAAUUUGGAACAAUUAAAUAAGCAAGGCAAAUGCCACCUUUCAUGUUUAAUGUAUUUUGUAUUAUGACAACGUACUGUUGUUUAAAUAAUAUAUAAUUAAUUAUUUAUUUAAUUUGUUAUUAUUUAUGUUAAAUAGAUGAUUAUGACCUUGGCGUUGGAUUUCAAAAUGAUGGAUGUCACGUCAGAGAAAUUUCAAAUUUUGAGGUUAGGGAAACGUUCACUGAUUUUUGCUUAUUUGAUUUUUCAUUUGUACACAAAAUAUAUUGAUUUUUUAAUUUUAUUUAUAUAUUUUUAUAUAAUUUUUUGUUAAAAGAUAAUUAUUUGGAAAGGGGUAUAAAUAAUUCAAUUAGCAUUUAUUAAUUAAAUAAUAAUAUGAUAAUCAAAAUCGAUCAAAGUCCAUUUUGCUACUCAUUGAUGUUUCUUUUAAUUUAAAAUGAUGAGGUUUUUAAACCCUAUUUCUAUUAACAAACCCCUCAAAUUAUUAAAACAUUUAAGAAAUGUGUCCUAUAUACAAGGGCAGGAACCUGAACCGAAAAUACGAGAGUAUUUCUAUUUCAUUGACCAUCAAGGAAUGGAGGCACUACAUGAUCACUUUAGAGGUACCUUGCCGAGACAAGUCGUACCAGUGGCUGUUGCAAUGGAUGACCCACAAGGGGGCCAAGCAAACCCAGCACUUGAGUGUCGAAACUAGUUUUGAGCAAAAAGACAGUGGUCAUAUAAAAACCAAAUACGAUUUUAUACCUAGCAUAGGAACGCAUUUUUUCAAAUAUGGUAGAACAUGGAUAAGGGUUGAAAGAAGUCGCGAACAACACACCUUAGAUCUACAUAUGGGUGUCCCAUGGGAAACAGUACAAUUAACUGCAUUUGGUCGCAAUAAAGCCAUAUAUUUUAAUAUAUUAGAAGAAGCUAGACAUAUGGCACUGAAGCAACACGAAGGAAAAACAAUCAUGUACACUGCUAUGGGUAGUGAAUGGAGACAAUUCGGUCAUCCUAGAAGAAAGAGGCCAAUUUCAUCUGUUAUUUUAGACACAGGAAUUAGUGAAAAAAUAUUAAAAGAUACCCAAGAAUUUAUCAAUAAUCCUUCUUGGUAUUCUGACAGAGGAAUUCCAUAUAGAAGAGGCUACUUACUCUAUGGACCGCCUGGUUGUGGCAAAUCCUCCUACAUUACAGCCUUAGCCGGUGAGCUAGGAUUCUCAAUAUGCGUCCUAAACUUAUCAGAAAGAGGUUUAACAGAUGACAGGCUCAAUCAUUUGCUGAGCGUAGCUCCACAGCAGAGCAUGGUUCUUCUUGAAGAUAUCGAUGCUGCUUUUGCCUCAAGAGAAGACACUGAGCAACAAACUGCUGCCUAUCAGGGUCUUAACCGUGUCACUUUCAGUGGUUUAUUGAAUUGUUUAGAUGGCGUUGCUAGUACUGAAGCUAGGAUAGUUUUUAUGACUACAAAUUAUAUUAGCAGGUUGGAUCCAGCUUUAAUAAGACCAGGCAGAGUGGACUUGAAAGAGUACAUUGGCUGGUGUUCUAUAUCCCAAAUCGAGCAAAUGUUUUUGCGUUUUUAUCCGGGCGAUGAUGUUGUCUCCCAGUCCAAGGCUUUUGCUGAAAAAGUAAUUUCUGAAGGCAAAAACGUAAGCCCUGCACAAAUUCAAGGAUUUUUCAUGUUCCACAAGCACACAGACGCUAAUCGUGUGAUUGAUGAUUACCAGAUGAUUUGGAAACUUUAGAUUUGUACAGUGUGAAAAAAUUGUAAAUAAAUUAGGACAUAAUGUUUUUCUUUUUGUUUAUUUUGACCCAAAGUUUAAUAUCCGGCCCCUCACUAUUUAGGAAAAUAUUAGCAGGAAGCAAUUUAUUAAAAUUUAAUCAAUACUUAUAUACAUUAUGCAAUGAAUUAAAUAUACAUUAAUUACCUAAGUAAAGGUUGAUUGAAAUAUCAAAUUAAUUGUCCUUUUUUUUUCAAUCCCCAUCAUAUGGAUUUAAUUAUUAUAUCAUAACAAUAGAACUUACACUACAAAACUGGUUUUAACGAAAACGACAGUUUUGGCCUGGAAUUAUUUUUGCCUAAUAUCUUCUUCUGUUCCUCUUUUGCACGUUUCUCCUGUUCUUUUUCCAAUCGGCGACGUUCCUCAUCUAUUUUUCUUUGUUC